CAAAACUUAACCCAAUAGUCAAACAGCAUUCGGAUAAGCGAUGAGCGGCGCCCACGACCUCUCGGCCGCCGCGGCGUCCCAGAUCUGCGACCAAAUCCGCUCCGUAUUCUCCUCCUCCCAUCCUCUUCCUCCGAACCUGCCCCCGCCGCUCGAGGUCCUGGUCUCUGAGAUCUCCGCCGUGGCGUCGUCGUCGUCGUCGUCGUCGCGCGGACGCGUCUUCGUGCACGGCGUGGGGCGCGAGGGCCUGAUGCUCAAGGCCCUCUGCAUGCGCCUCUUCCACCUCGGCAUCCCCGCCCACGUCGUCGGCGACGUCACCACCCCGCCCAUCUCCCCCGGCGACCUCCUCCUCGCCUCCGCCGGCCCCGGCGCCUUCGCCACCGUCGACGCCAUCUGCGCCGUCGCCAAGGCCGCGGGCGCCCGCGUCGCCCUGCUCACCGCGCACCCCGACGCCGGGAGCGCCGCGCUGCGCUGCGCCGACGCGGUCGCGUACCUCCCCGCGCGGACCAUGGCCGACGACGAGGAAAGGGAGGGGGAGGGGGAGGGAGUUCCGGGGGGUGCGAGGCUGCCGAUGGGGAGCGUGUACGAGGGGGCCAUGUUCGUGCUGUUCGAGAUGGUGGUGCUGAGGUUGGCCGAGCUGCUGGGGCAGACCCCAGAGCAGCUUCGCGCUCGCCACACCAAUCUCGAAUAAAGAUCAUUUGCAUAUGAAAUAGUAGCACCGCAACGUUCAUUUCCUUGGUGAUCUC